CGCGCAUGCGCAGUCCGGCUACAUUUAGCAGCUGUAUUUCCUGCUUGCUGCUGUUUCCACUCGAAGCAAUGGCAGAAGUGAAAGCUUCCCUAAUUUGUGGCGUUAUCGCGGCUUUUCUGGCUUCAGCGGUGCUUGCAUUUGUUGAAGAUCUAGAUGACACAUUUAAGGACACCAGAGUGAGCGAUGUCUGGCUGGUAGAUUUCUAUGCCCCAUGGUGUGGAUACUGUAAAAAGCUGGAGCCGGUGUGGUACGAUGUGGGAGCAGAACUGAAGAGCUCCGGAUCGCCGGUCCGCGUGGGAAAGAUGGAUGCUACGGCUUACUCUGGAAUGGCGUCAGAGUUCGGUGUUCGAGGUUACCCCACGAUAAAACUGUUAAAGGGGGAUCUGGCCUAUAAUUACAAGGGGCCAAGGACAAAAGACGAUAUCGUAGAGUUUGCCAACAGAGUGGCAGGCCCGGCCGUGAGGGCACUUCCCAGCAAGCAGAUGUUCGAGCACAUGAUGAAACGACAUGAUGUGCUCUUUGUGUAUGUCGGUGGAGACUCUCCCCUCAAAGAGAAGUACAACGACGUAGCCUCCGAGCUCAUCGUCUACACUUACUUCUUCUCGGCUUCAGAGGUGGUCUUCCCAGAGUCAGUAACUUUGCCAGAGCUUCCUGCGGUUGUAGUAUUCAAGGAUGGAGCCUACUUCACCUAUGAUGAGUACGAAGAUGCUAGUUUGUCAUCCUGGGUUAACAAGGAGCGCUUCCAAGGAUACCUUCAGAUCGACGGCUUUACAUUGUAUGAGCUCGGGGAAACAGGCAAAUUGGUGGCGAUAGCAAUCAUCGAUGAGAAGGACCCCACAGAGGAUAGUAGCAGAUUAAAGACCUUGAUUCAGAGGGUGGCGAAGGAAUACAGAGAACAUUUUAACAGAGACUUCCAGUUUGGCCACAUGGAUGGGAACGACUACAUUAACAGCCUCAUUAUGGGCGAGGUGACGGUGCCCUCCGUUAUCAUCCUCAACACAUCCAACGAGCAGUACUUCCUGCCCGGCGAGCCCAUCGAGACCAUGGAGCAGCUGGUCCAGUUCAUCAACGGCGUUUUGAACGGUUCUGCACAGGCGAAUGGAGGUGACGGCUUCAUUCAGAGGAUCAAACGUGUGGCCUUCGAUGCCAGAUCCACCAUUAUGUCGGUGUUCCGCAGCUCUCCGAUGCUGGGCUGCUUCCUGUUUGGCCUACCGCUGGGUGUAAUUAGCCUGAUGUGCUACGGCAUCUGCACAGCCGAGUCAGAUGAUGGCUCAGAUGACAUGGAUGCGCUCAAGAGGGAGGGCCUGACUGAUGAAGAGGAGGAGGACGAGGAGGAGGAGGACGAGGAGAGGCAACGCACCGCUGAGCUGGAGGGCCCCGAAGACGAAGAGAACGAAGAAGACGAUGCAGGGGAGAAGGAUCCCGAAGAGAAGAAAACCGAUUAACAUAGGGGCUCCCACCGGAGAGAGGAUGAGAGGCCUAGGCAAAUGCGGUGACAUGAAACUCAAAGACAUAUCGAUGUAUUACUGUUCUGCUUCUUUGUUUUUCAUAUCACUUCCCCUCGAAGCCCCUCUAGCACAGACUGUUCUCCCAUCUUCCAGUUCUGUGUUUAAGGCCAGCUGCUGAGAGAAGCCAUGUUUCACAAUAAAAGCUUUUUAAUGAUGGAGUUUAAAACAUAAUGUUCAAGAGAAGGAAUGACUGUGAAUCAAACAAACCACUUAUUUAUUACGAUCGACCAAACGGUGGUUUAUCCUUUGAUGUUUGACCCUUUCCCAUGUUGUUUUGUUACCACUUAAAUGCCCCUAUUAUGUCCUUUUUUCCCGUUUUUUUCUUUCAGAAUCCAUUUCUUGAAUACAUCUUGAAACUGAAUACACAGAAUAAUUUAGUUUGCUUCCUACCUUCUACCGAAAGUGAUAGAUUAAAGUGUGUAGAAAAAGAAAGUGCCCAAGAAGGAACAUUUGCCAUAAGUCUGUGCUUUUUUGUUUUGUAUGUUACUGCCUGAAAAUAAUUAUUCUGUUUCUUCUACUUCUAGGGGUGCUAAGUGCCGAGAUAGUCAAACAAUUCACUUAAUUUCAAAUGCCAGCUACCUGUUACUGUCUAUUUAUGAAAAUAGUUGAUGAAAAAACCUAGUGGUAAUGGCUAUCAGUCUGUCUUAUACUAGAAUAUGGCAUAUGGAUAUUUUUUUCAACAUGAAACCUGCUCAGAAUUCCUUGCGUAGAAGGUCUGUACCUGUACAUCAGACAGUCAUAACAUGCAUCAGUAGUUCCUGCAACUUUUAGCAACUCAUAUUGCUCAGAUAGACUGGCUCUUUCUGUUUCCUUAUUUCAAUCUGUCCUCCAUCACUGGCUGCUAUAUUGAAUUCAGUAGGCAGGUUGAAGUUUAAAUCCUCAUGCACUGAGAUGUACACUGAGCGUACAAAAUAUGAAGCCUGUCUUCCUUCUUCUUAGUUUCAUUGCUUUGUGUCAGUCAUAACCCCAUAUUGUUAGUUUUCUCAAGGCUCAGAAAUCAAUCUCAAUCCUAUUUUAGUUCCCUCAUGACUAAAGUGUAUGUUGUAGCUUGAAUCAAGAAGAGGUUAGAGCUUGCUCUCGGAUUCUAGUAGAAAGCUUAUUUCAUGAAAAGUGCACCCAGUGUAAUACCAUUUUAUUUUUUUUAAAUGCACAGUUGAGUGCAUCCAGUUGGAUUUUGGGGCUCCUGAGAACACCUUUCAUUAUAUUCUAUAUUAAAGGUAAACCUUAAGUUAACACGAAACUCAGGUUGCAAUCUUAAGAUUUGAUAUACAGUGGUUUCCAUGGAGACAAAAGCAUGUUUUCAUCAACUGUUAAAAGCUCACUCGUGAUUAGUGCAUUAGCAAAAAUAAAAAUGCUUUAAAAAUAUUUAUGCUUAUUCACUUUUUGCCAAGCUUUAUAUAGGAAAGUUGAAGCCACUCGUGUGUCUGAAGGGAAGCAUAUGAACCUAGUUUUAGCAGGUGGUUAGCGUAGCUGAGCACAAACACUAUGACUAAGGGAAAACAGCUAUCUUGAUUCUCUCAAAAGAUAAUAUCACUUACUUUUUAAAAUUACAUUUCUUUUUAUUGUGUAGAAUUGGUGUGUGUUUUCUUGUUGCCUGGAUACUGACAGGGAAUAGCCUAUCAGGAAGUCACUACACCUGCACAUUUAACUUGGCUAACCUCCAGUAAAGCCACAAUAUUUUAUACAAUAGUUUAUACAGUAUUAUACAGAUUAAACAAACAAUAUAGUAUAUUCAUUAGUGAGCUGGUUGGCGUUUUUUUUCUUUCAAAUAUUUAAUCACAGUCAAAGAUUUGUUUCACCCUGUUUCCAGUCUCUUUGCUAAGCUAGGCUAAGCUAAUCAGCUGCUAGCCCUGUUUGUAUAUCCAUCAGACAGACAUUUAAUUGUUAUCGGCAAGUAACGGUUCUUCCUAAAAUGUCAAACUAUUCCUCCAGAGUGGUUUGCCAGAUUAUUAUUCACUCUGCAUUUAUUUUACAUUAUUCAUAUGAAACAUUAAUUCAUUAUAUUUAACAUACAGUGCAGCAGAGUAAUUAAAAGUUUGAAAUGUGCAAUGACAGUUUAUAACAGGCUUUCCCUCAAGGGAACUUUAACACAUGGUGAUGAAUGAGCAUUAGCUUCAUCCCUGACCUUGGGAACUGUGGCAUGACUAAAUCAUUCUUAACUCUUAGUCCACAUCUUAACUUUAGCUUGAGCUUUCAAUCGCUUCUCCAAUAGUCACAACUGAACUCCUAUAUAGACUUUGACUUAAGAUGAUCUUUUGCGGUUAGUUCUACAUGUUUUAAGCUGUUUAAAUCAAUAUCGUGAAAGGGUAAUCUUCAAUUCUCAUACACGUUAAAAAAAAAGUGUACAGUAGCUGAGUAAUACACUUGACGAUUUGUUAUUCAUUUCAUUGUGCUUUUAUAGUUCAGUAAAUAUUGUAACUUGAUCAACUUAGGAACCUCAACCUAAGCACACCUGUUGUUUUAAAUAUACAGAAGUUAUCUGUAUUGUUACUGUGAAACUGCACUAAAGGAAACCAUGCCCACGCCUUGCCUUCUGGUCUUUGUAGUUGCCUACCAUUCUCUGCCAAACUUCCUCUUUGGGUUGGAAUUGAGAUUGUCACACUUUAUUACAGGUUUGAAAGAUUGAAAUAAAGAUUGUCCUCUUUUUU